UUUUUGAAACGAGCGUAUGCAUUUUAGUAUAAGAAUAUCUCCCCAAGAUAUGAAGCCGUAUUUAGAUUCAGAUUAUUCCAUUAGUCGCAACUUGCGUCAGAGACAUAGAAAAAAGGGAGUUUCUAACGAAUACUCACAUCAUUUAGAUUCCGAAAAUAAAAAAAAAGGCAGAAAGAAAUGUCAAAAUGGCGCAUAUGAUGAAUACGGAAAUAUUCGCUCAAACGGUAUGGACAUUUGCGACUGUAUGAAUCAAGAAUGUGAUGGUUGCUGGUAUAAUUGCCGAAGUUGUGGCUCUACCAGGUGUGGUCCCCAAUGUCGCUCGAAUCGAAAGUUUUUUUAUGAGGACAUUACAUAUGACGGUAAAGAUUUAAAUAUUCAAAAUAAAUAUAUAUCAAGAUAAAGUUAAACAAAUCACAUAUAUUAUUAAAAUAUUUGUAACUUAAUAUAAGUAUACAUGAACAGCCAAAAGAGCAUUAAACUAUCAUUCAGACGAAACACAUCACAUAUAAAAAUUCUCAAUUGAUUCAGAAAAAUACAUCAUUGUGCUAAUUGAAAGGAAAUGAUUAAAAAAAUAAAGUUAAUUCUUCUGCAACUA